AUGUGGAGGUUUGUGUUGGUGCUGCUGGUGGUUUGGACAUGGCCGAGCUCGGCGCUGGUCAGUGACUGGAACAGUUUGAAAUGUUUUCUCCUCAGGGUCCCUCUGAGGCGGCUGCCCUCAAUCCGUAGCCAGCUGCGUGUUGAUGGCUCGUUGCAGGAGUUCCUGAAGGAUCACCAUCCUGACAUGUUGGGUCGACGCUACGCUCAGUGCUACCCGCCCGGCACGCUGUCUCUGAGGCUCGGACGCUACAGUGAAAAGAUCUACAACUUCAUGGACGCUCAGUAUUAUGGAGAAAUCAGUUUGGGGAAUCCGGAGCAGAACUUCUCCGUGAUUUUUGACACCGGAUCAUCCGACCUCUGGGUCCCGUCAUCCUACUGUGUCAGCCAAGCCUGCGGGUCGCACGGACAAUUCAAGGCGUUUGAGUCGACUACGUUUCACCACGAUGGUCGGAGGUUUGGGAUUAACUAUGGAUCAGGACACCUGCUGGGAGUCAUGGCCAGAGACACACUGAAGGUCGGGGCUCUGACCAUCCUAAAUCAAGAGUUUGGGGAGUCUGUCUACGAGCCAAGUGCUGCAUUUGUGAUGGCCAAAUUCGACGGGGUUCUUGGGAUGGCUUACCCAGCCCUGGCGGAGAUCCUGGGAAACCCUGUUUUUGACAACAUGUUGGCGCAAAAGGCGGUGGAGGAGCCCGUCUUCUCUUUCUACCUCAGCAGGUGAGACCUCACCAGAGAACUUGAAAGAACGGGUGACAGCAGCCCUGAGGGCGAGCUGUUGCUGGGUGGAACCGAUGAGACGCUUUUCACUGGACCAAUCAACUGGCUCCCUGUGACUGCUAAAGCGUACUGGCAGAUCCAAAUGGAUAGUGUCGCUGUUCAAGGUGUGAGUUCCUUCUGUCGUCAGGGUUGCCCAGCGAUCGUCGAUACUGGAACCUCCCUCAUCACCGGACCAACCAAUGACAUCCUCCACCUUCAGCAGCUGAUUGGAGCCAGUCCAACAAAUAUUGGAGAGUUCCUUGUCGACUGUGCCAGAUUGUCCAGUUUGCCUCAUGUGACGUUCAUCCUGGGAGGAAAAGAGUACACACUCACUGCAGAGCAGUAUGUUCGGAAGGUUAGAGAUGUUGGGGACAGGGAGUUGUGUUUCAGUGGUUUCCAUGCCAUGGACAUCAUGACCACUCAAGGCCCGUUGUGGAUUCUGGGAGAUGUAUUUCUGACACAGUUCUACAGCAUAUUCGACAGAGGACAAGACCGCGUCGGCUUAGCUAUCGCUAAGCAUUCCAGCGCAGAAUAACACACAUUUGUUAUCGAUAUUUGAUAACUGUUUGAUCAACACACGUUGUACAAUUAAAAGACCUUAACAGCA